UGUUGGAUGACCACCCCUUUGAAAUCACAUCACAUGACAUUACACCCUUCUGGGUGGCUGGGUAUGUAUGUACGUAUGUAUGGGAUGAUGAAAUCUCCACCACAACUGUCAUUUCAUGCCCUUGUUCUUCAGGCUUCAGCACAACAAAGAGGAGGAAUUCUCCGAACAGGAAGCUAAAAGCAAUGGUCUCUGCAACAAAGGCCGUGUCCUUCUACCUCUUCCUUUUCCUCUUCCUCUUCCUCUGUUUCCCUUCAAAAGCAUCAUCCGAACCUACGGAGCCCGACCCGGUCCCCACCCCAUGGCCACUGCAGUUCCACUCGGUGCUCUUCAUGAACCGAAGCGGCACCCUGCAAAUGGUGGAUCUCUGGUACGACUGGCCCAACGGCCGCAACUUUAACAUCAUCCAGACCCAGCUGGGAAGCCUCGUCUACGACCUCGAGUGGACCAACGGCACCUCCUUCUUCUACACCUUGGAUUCCGACCAGACUUGCAGAGUGGUGGACCUCGAGGUGGGGAUUCUCCGGCCAAACUGGCUCGACGGCGCCACCUACCUCGGCCGCCGCUACAUGGAUGGCUUCCUCUGCAACGCGUGGCAGAAGCUCGAUUUCAUCUGGUACUAUGAGGACGUCGCCACCAAACGGCCGGUCUUCUGGGUCUUCUAUUCAGGAUACAGCGCACACGUGAUGACAUUUGAAGUGGGGAAGGUGCUUGAGGAUCCCAAAUGGCAAGCGCCGGUGUACUGCUUCAACGAGGAAAAGAAGUCGGUGGUUGAAUCCACAAGCGAUGGCGGUUGGGACGGAGGUUUAAUGAGAAUGGUAGUUUCCGGCGGGAAUGUGGGUGUCAACUAGCCAUAGCCGGUCUCGUAUUUGGGUGGGUUCGUUUAGGUGUUUCAUUGCCAUAAACCUUAAAAUGUUGUGAGGUUGAGUUACUUAAAACUUAUUAUUCUUGGUGCAGCUCUUUUAAUUAAUAAAUUUGAAAAGUUUCUCUGCCUUCC